AUGAAGUCUUUCACAAUCGUCCUAACCUGUGCUGUAUUGGCUGUCUUCUUUAUCAGGAGCAGCGAUGCAGUCGCCUGUUCCACAACUGUUACCACCGAUUGCACAGACUGUUCAGAGACUGCUAAUGCCGACGAACCUGAUUGCACCACAACAACAACAACAACAACCACAACUGAGGCAGCCGUUACCCUGAAACCCUCUCGCCGCAUGGUUGUCAGCGUCUCCAAUCUGAAAUAUACGAAUGUGAGACGUAUUCGUGUGAACCGCAAUGGAUCUAGCUCCAGCAGCAGCUCAAGUUCUGGAACUUCAAGCAGCACUCGCAACAGCCGCAGGACCAACAAUCGCUCAAGUCGCCGUGGCCGCAAUGUUCGCGUUCUCAGGGGUUAG